AAGCUAAACCCUUCGACUCGUGCGAUCGCGGCGCUCCAACAAAUAGGAGCGAUUCCACCGUCGUCUCUUCUCACCUUCGAUGGAGGAGACGGCAGCGGCGGCAGAGGGCGUGCCCGUCCCGGACGCGAGAACGGGCGUGGAGGCGAGCACCCGCGACGGCGGGAUGUCGAUCAGGCAGUGCGUCGACAAGAUCAACAAGAGCCUCGACCAUCCCAAGGUGAGGUUUCUGAGGGAGCACAUGAUAGACGCCGGAUGCCCGGUCUGGGUGCGUCUCCUUAUGCCGCUCAACUGCAAGGAUCAGGGCUUCGCCGGCGGUUAUACCAGCGGCAAAGGGAUAGCAAUUUGUUGCAAUCAUAUGACUUUCCAAGAUGAAAUAAAUCAAGUCCUUAUUCAUGAGUUGAUCCAUGCUUAUGAUGAUUGCCGUGCAAAGACCAUCAACUGGAAAAAUUGUUAUCAUCAUGCUUGCUCUGAGAUUCGUGCUAAUCACCUGAGUGGUGAUUGCCACUACAAACGCGAACUGCUACGCGGAUUCAUGAAAAUACGAGGUCAUGAACAAGAAUGUGUCAAAAGGCGGGCUUUAAAGUCGGUCCAAAUUAAUCCACACUGCUCAGAUGCAGCUGCAAGGGAUGCCGUCGAAGCUGUCUGGGAUAUCUGCUACAAUGACACUUACCCCUUCGAGAGAGCUCCGUAGAUUCAAUUCUAAACUGCAUCACAUGAACCAUCCUACUAUUGCUCUUUCAUGUGGGAAUUCGUUUGUUCCAUCCAUUGGUUGUUAAUUCUAUGGAGUCUUGGACAUCUGCCUUUUCUCUGUUCACCCGGUGCCUACGUCAUCGACUUGAACAGAAAUGCUGAUUUUUAUAUGUUGGAAGCUCAUUUAUUGAUAUUGUGAUCCUGUACACCAAUUCAUGGGGAUAAAGCAAAGACGUUCAUUGCAUCAAACAGAU